GUCGCAGACGACAAUCACUCGACCAAAAGGCACAGUGGAUGGCCGGAGGCCCUGACACUCGCGCUCUACCCACGGCAUGGAUCGCAAUGGAUUCGGGUGUUAACAUCCAAGAUGCCCUAGAUGCCCUAGAGACCUACAAGAAGAAAGAUGCGUCCAAAGUCGUCGUACGCUUCAAAGCAGUUGGGAAUGCACCUAUAAUGAAGCAGAACCUGUACAAGAUCACUGCUUCGAAUCGUUUCCAGGCAGUGAUACAGUUCUUGAGGAAAGAACUUGGUUGGAAAGCUGGGGAUCCUUUGUUUACUUAUAUCAAUCUUGCCUUUGCACCAGCCCCGGAUGAUACUGUAUCUAACUUAUACAAAUCUUUUGCAACGGAAGGUCAUCUAAUAGUCAACUACAGUACCACGGCAGCUUGGGGUUGAUAGCGUCUAAUAUAUGGCUGCUUCAUUCUGGA